AUGUGCAUGACAUGGAGGGUGAUUGAAGCUAGACACCAAAUCUACCUAGACACCAGAUGUCCGAGACAGGAGGAAGCAACCGGCAAUAGUAACAGUGGAGAAACAGCACAAGGUAUCGAAGAUGUGAUAAAAAUAAAAGAGGAAAGAAGCUCAAAGAUUCACCCAGAGGCUAAUCCUCCAAGGCUCAUACUCGCUAGGAUGCCUCUGGUGCUAGUGCAGAGGUCUGGUGCAUCUGGCUAUAAGCUAUUUAUCAAGAACACCCUGUCCCUAGACUCUCAGAUAUAUGGUAUUUUUACCAACAUACCUGGGAUGAAUGCUUUGACUAGGGGUGGGGAGAUUACACUAGAUUUUGAUCUGAAGCAUAUUUUGAAGUGUAUUACUCUUAAUAAUGGUUAG